UUUUUAUUUUUAUUUUUUUUUUCUUUUCUCUUUUAUAAACAAAACCCAUAAAAUGAUACACGGAGCAUUUCCUCGUCAAUCCAUAUCCACUCAUACAGACAAGUAUAGCACCAAUAGCAAUUACAGUAGUAAUAGUAGUAGUAGCAGUAGUAGUGGAAGUGAUAACUAUAGUAUACCUUCUACCAAAUCUACACCACAUCAACGUGUACACAGAAAACCCGUCUCUAACAACCGAAUUGCACGGGAAUCACCAAUGAUCAACAAUGAAUGGAAAACAUCCUCUCCAGUACAACAAAGAAGCUAUCAUGCCCCAGCAGUAGAUACCCAUCCACGUAUUGUUAGUCCUCUUGUCAAAGACACACUGUCUUCUUCAGUUCCAUUACCUCGCCCUAGCAAUACCCCUCAGAGUCAUGUUCGAACACGCUGUCAGUCACAAGGUCUUGCCAAACCCACUUUUUGGUAUCCGCGUGUGGAGGCAGAACCUCCUUUAUUAGAACCUCUCAAGCGAGGACUUAGUAAAAAGAUUCGAGGCUUACUUCAACCCAAUCGGGCUCAAAUUGAACAAGGUGGUACUCAACAGCAGUACGAGCAAGACUGUCAGGAGGCUUUACAUCGGUGUCGCACACCCAAUGACAUUGGAGCAAACCCAUUUCAACUUCUCAGCUAUCAAAAUGAGUCUUCUAGUGCAACCUUUGAUUAUGAUUUCACACAAAUAGAUCAUUAUGCAUCGGCUGUGCAACAAAGAGGACCGUUAUUAACUCCUGUUUUGUUAUCUCAAAAGUUUCUAGUACGACCUUAUAAACGAGAUUUAUUUCGUUUAAGAGCUUUGUUUAUUUGGUUGGUCCAGAAUAUCAGACCCCUUUACCAUCACAACCACCAUCAGCAACAACAACAACAUCCUGCCAUAUUAAUAAAACCUACACCAUCCAAAUCUUCCAACAUUCGACAGCGUUUAAGUCGAUUAGUAGAUGAAGAAGAGCUCAUAACAGAAGGAAUUGAACAAGACACAAUGAAUUUAUUACAAGAAACAUCACACAUCAUGUUAUUGGCCGACACAAGUUAUGAAUCAGCAGAAGAAGUAUUGGAAAAAAGGUCAUGCCAGUCCUCUUUAGGGAUGGCUACUUUAUUUGCUGUCAUGGCAGAAGCAGCAGGAUUUGAAUCCAAAGUGAUUGGAGGAUAUUUAAAAGCUCCUAAAGAUACAAUAGAAUCUGGUACAACAAGUAUUAAUCAUGCUUGGUGUUCGGUUAAGAUUGAAGGAGAAGAUCGUUUGAUUGAUUGUUGGUUAGCAUCACCGUUUCACCCACACAAUGAAAACAAGAUGGAAGCUCAUUGGUUCUUGACAAGACCGCAGGAUAUGAUUAUGACGCAUCUUCCUAAAUCAUCCCACUAUCAAUACCUUAAUUCACCACUAAACCAACAUGCAUUUUUCUCUCUUCCGUAUGUGCGUAACCCAUUCUUUUGGCAUUCACUUCGUAUGCUUCAUUACAAGAAUCAAAUAGCGGAAGAAGGUGGUGUGUUCUACUUUUGCCUUCAGCUGGAAGAAAAUAUUAGUUGCUAUGCAGAGACCGAAGCAGAAGAUGGAACGGUUGUACGUGGUUUAGCCCAAUGCAUCACCGAAAAGAGAUAUCGAGUGUGUAAGAUUAAAGCAGUUUUACCACCUCAUCAAAGACGUGGUUGGUUAAAGAUUUAUGCAGGACCUAAAGUGGUACCAGCGCAGUCUUCUCAUGGAUUACCCGAGAUUGUUCAAAAGAAUCAUUACCCACUGGCCAUGUGUAUUUAUCUCCAAGGGCAACCAGUAGAAGAGAAAGCACUUGAUUUUGUACAGUUAUAUUCUGACCAUAACGAGUUUUUUAUUCAAGAGCCGCAGUGUUAUCGAUUGUUCCCUUUACAGACCUAUCAUUUCUGUAUCCGAGGUAAUCGGACGAGUGCCACGCAUCAUAAAUUAGCCAUCAAGAGUCCGGGUGGUAAAUUAGUUAAAUUAAUGUAUUAUCCACAAGAUCAAACGUAUGAUGGGAAAGUGACGGUAUCCGAGACAGGCAAAUGGUCCUUAAUUUGUCUUUUGCAUCAUACGGGAGGUUGGUACACAGUAGCCAGUUGGAGCUGUGUUGUAAAAUAAAAUAAUAAUAAUUCAGGCACACAAAUAUAAAAAGUGUGACGCUUGUUUAGAUCCACCCC